ACCACUGUUAAAAUAGUUCUCAAUAUAUCAAUUGUAGAGUUAUAUAGAAAUAUCACUGUUAAAAUAGUACUCAAUACAUCAAUUAUAGAGCAACAUAGAAAUACCACUGUUAAAAUAGUGCUCAAUACAUCAAUUAUAGAGAGAUAUAGAAAUACCACUGUUAAAAUAGUACUCAAUAUAUCAAUUAUAGAAAAUACCACUGUUAAAAUAGUGCUCAAUAUAUCAAUUAUAGAGCAAUAUAGAAAUACCACUGUUAAAAUAGUGCUCAAUACAUCAAUUAUAGAGUGA